GGUGCGUUUGUUUAACAAUGGCGAACAUCACAUUGGAAUCUUGUUGUUUGUUGUUGGAGAGACAUGUGUGACAAGCAACAUGGUUAAGCAUACAAUUCAGAUAUUUGCCCGAGUGAAACCUACUCGAUCUAAAGCAGGGUUGUAUGAUUUGGAUGAAGAUGACGAUGGACAACCAAGAUUGACGUUUGUCGUUCCUCGUGAUUUGGCUGAAGGCUUCAUCAAUAACAAGAAAGAGAAUUAUAAAUUUAGAUUUCAACAGGUUUUUGACCAAAAAUCAAAACAAGAAGAUGUGUUUGAAGCAGUUUCCAAACCAGUGAUUGACAAUGUAUUAUCGGGCUACAAUGGAACCAUAUUUGCAUAUGGACAGACAGGAAGUGGUAAGACAUUUACCAUCACAGGUGGAGCAGAGAGGUACGCAGACAGAGGCAUCAUACCCAGAUCAAUAUCCUACCUGUACGAACAGUUUGAAAAGGAUACGGAGAGAACAUACGAAUUACACAUUUCUUACCUGGAAAUCUAUAAUGAGAAUGGAUUUGAUCUUCUGGAUCCAAAGCAUGAGGCUUCCAAACUGGAAGAUUUACCGAAGGUGGGUCUGAUGGAGGAUUCCGAUCAGAACAUUCACCUCAAGAAUCUGUCUGUACACCAGGCUAGUUCUGAGGAGGAGGCCCUCAACCUGCUGUUUUUAGGAGACACAAACAGGAUGAUAGCUGAGACGCCGAUGAAUCAAGCUUCAACACGAUCCCAUUGUAUCUUCACCAUCCAUGUGACGUCUAGAGAAACAGGCUCGGCGACCAUACGCAGGGCAAAGCUCCAUCUAGUAGAUCUAGCUGGGUCUGAGAGAGUGUCAAAGAGUGGUGUGGGCGGUACCCUUCUAACGGAAGCUAAAUACAUCAACUUAUCACUACACUUCCUCGAACAGGUGAUUAUAGCACUGGCGGAUAAGAAUAGGCAGCAUAUUCCCUACAGAAACUCCAUGAUGACAUCCGUCCUCCGAGACAGCCUCGGAGGAAACUGUAUGACCACAAUGAUAGCCACCUGUUCUAUAGAGAAACGCAACCUUGAUGAAUCCAUAUCCACAUGUCGUUUUGCCCAAAGAGUUGCCAUGAUCAAGAAUGAUGUUAUGGUCAAUGAAGAGCUUGAUCCAAAGUUAAUGAUUCAGAAACUUAAAAGGGAGAUUCAGCAACUGAAAGAGGAGCUUGCCAUGGCAACAGGAGAACAGCGGACUGAUGAUUUGACAGACGAGGACCUGCAGAGGUGUCAGGAGGCCGUUGAACAAUAUCUUGAGGACACAGACCCUGAAGUCAGCCUCAGUAUUGGUGCAGACAUGAGGAAAAUUGAGACCUGCUUCCGUAUUCUCAAGAAACAUGUAUUAGAUAAGCCGUCUGUGACAGAAGUGGUCCGGUCCCCACCUCCCGAGGCCCCGCCCCCUGACACUGGUCCAUACAGUGAUACAGAGAAUAGGAAGCUGAAGGAACUUGUACAACAGAGAGACAAUGAAAUCAACAUCCUUGUGAGUAUGUUAAAGAAGGAGAAAAAACGUGCCUCUAAUGCUGAAUCGGAGCUUACAAAUAUGGGGAAGUUUGCUGUGAGGACAUCGUCUGUGUCAGGCGAGGCACCGAGCUACAACAAUGUAGCCAUGAGUCGCGAGUCUACAGGGUCUCGCAGCAGCAAGCCCAACAGUGCCCGUCGCAGGGAGGAACACGCCAAAUCCAAAAUAUUGGGAGAUAUGUCCAAAGGAAGACAGGAAGCGUUUGAGACUUUCCGCCGGGAUUACCCGCAACAGGAGACGAUAGAACAGAACAAGGUCCAACUCAAACAGCGUUACGCAGAGGCUAAAAGCCUGGGGGAAAACGUCAACAAAACUCGCAAAAAAAUAAAUCAUUUAAAAGGACAGAUAGAACAACACAGAAUGCAGUUAGCUAUGCAAGGUUUGGUAGACCCUAACAACCCAGAACCAGAUGAUGAGGAGCAGGAGCUGAGGGCAGACAUGGAGGAGGAAAAGGACAGCUAUAAGCAGUCGUUUACCCGCCUGAAGACCCUAAAAACUGAAAUAGAACACCUGCAACACUUACUUGAGAAGUCCAAGGUGAAGCUGAUGAAGGACUUUGAGAUGUGGUGGGCAGAGCAAGCAGUAAUAUCACAGAGCAAUUCAUCUGGUGGUGGCAGUAUGAAGUCAGCAUGGAGGACCCCAACCCCUAAACGGGCGGGGAAGGCUCCACCACUGGAUCUUGUGUCACCAGGUAAUUCUACCCUAUCACAGUCUUCCUCAGCCUCUAGUUUGUACCAGUCAGCUUCCCACUCGAUACCCCAACAGUCAUAUCAGCCCGCCUCCCACUCCCAACCUCAACAGAUCGGUCACCAUAGACAGAAAGUGGCCACCCAGCUCUCCAGCUUCUACUCACAGCCUCCACCUCAGCCACAGCCUCCAGUGGAAAAGAAUGGCUAUAGGCUACCCAGGUCAGCUGGGAAUGACCAGAAGGCGGGAAUUCCACUAACAGGGGAUUCCAGGGCUGAUGCUGAUAUCAUGGCCUUCGUUAAAGCUCGCCAGAACAUACUUCAACAAGCCAAUGGAAACAGAUGACAGUAGCAUCAACAGUGUGUUGUUUAUUCAUUGUAACUCAUUCCAGCCAUAGACUGAUCUGUCGGUGAUGAUUGUCCCGAAUCCAUUCAGCGAUUCAACAGUCUGUACAACAGCAGUUGAUCCAGAAGACACGGUGUGAAGUUAAAUGGGGGCUACAUCCAUAAAACAACAAGCCCUUAAAUUAGUUGUGUGUGUGAUCAAGGUUCUUCAAAGCUGAGAUUGCUACUAAAAAUAUGUGGGCAAGAACUCUAAAUUUUAAGUGACAAACUAUGCCUGUUCCAAAGUGUAAACUCCAUUGGAACAGACCCGAUGUUUAACUACAUCGUGCUAGUUGUGCUAUCUGAAAUCAGUACGAGAAUUCUAUAACAUCUCUGAAAACUGUCAGUGUUUAUCUCACCUUUACUGGUAUUGUUAGAUGAUAAUAUUAUACUGCCAAUUUGAAUUUCCUACUUGGCUGUUUUCUCAUUUUGAGAAAAUAUGGUACCAGCAUUCCCUCCAUAUGAACAGAAAUGGAACUCAAGUCAUUCCCUGUUACAUUAACUGUACUGAACAUCAAUCUAUAAUCAUUUUGUAUGGAAAUGAUUGAUAGAUUGUCCAUAUUUACAAACAUGCCAUUUAUACUUAAUAUAUUCUGUCCAAUAGAACAGAAAUAAUACAGAAACAUUCCAGAUCACCUUGUCCUAAUAUUACACAUUGUUUGACUGAAGCAUAAAUAGGUCAUCCAUAUUUACAGGAAACUUCAGGCUACAAACAAUGUGUCCCAUUUAACUGGACAUUGCUAUACCAUGUUACUGUGGACUUUUGUCUUUGAUGCCUAGUUCUCUUACGGUACAAAGUGUUUAGUGCUUACUAGUCAGGUUUGUACCUUUAUAUCUACAGUAAUAUAGCCCGUCAGUUAUUUAUUUAUCUAGCUUCAUCGUUAAAGGACUGCUAUGUCAGUAGAUUUUAUCUGUUGGAGGUAGAGUUUAAUCUAUUAUCUCUAUCUUGGUGUAUUGAUUAGAUGUGAAGUGUACUCAGUACUGCACAGGUGUACAAACAUCUCCGCUCCAUGGCUGAGGUGUAUUUUUUUGUAUCGCUACAUGUAUAUAUUUAUAAAACUGUCAAUACUGCUGAUACAUGAUUAUAAUAAUUUUAUUUUCUGAAUUUUUCUCCAAAUCAGAAUGUUUUUUAUAAACGUUAGAGGUUGUUUCUUUACAAUUAUUUGCAUUGAUUACAUUGCAGCAUUUGUUACGGCCUACUUCUGAUACAAUGCGACCUAGCCUUGUAACAAGCUCAUGUGGUAAUAGGACUUUACUUCUGAUACAAUGGGGACUAGGCUUGUAACAAGCUCCUGUGGUUAUAGGACUUUACUUCUGAUACAAUGCGACCUAGCCUUGUAACAAGCUCAUGUGGUAAUAGGACUUUACUUCUGAUACAAUGGGGACUAGCCUCGUAACAAGCUCAUGUGGUAAUAUGACUUUACUUCUGAUACAAUGGGACCUAGCAUUGUAACAAG